GAUCAAUAUCAUUCUGGGGCAAGCGAAUCUUGGAAUCCAUGGCGACGAAGCUCCUAUUCUCAACUCUCCGACGAACCCUGAUCGCUCCAGUAGAAUCCGCCGCUCCUCUCCGCCGUCUCUCCACGGUGCCGGAUGCUUAUAACGAUGAUUCGACGAUCGUGAUGAAGGGAGUUCGAAUCCAUGGUAGGCCUCUGUACUUGGAUAUGCAGGCGACAUCCCCGGUUGAUCCUAGGGUUUUGGACGCCAUGCUUCCGUACUUCCUCUCGCGCUACGGGAACCCUCACUCGCGGACCCACCUGUACGGCUGGGAAUCUGAGAACGCGGUGGAGGCAGCGCGUGGCCAGGUCGCUGCUCUGAUCGGUGCGUCCCCGAAGGAGAUCAUCUACACCUCCGGCGCGACGGAGUCAAACAAUAUCUCGGUGAAGGGGGUGAUGCACUUCUACAGGGACAAGAAGAAACACGUCAUAACCACUCAGACGGAGCACAAGUGCGUCCUGGAUUCUUGCAGGCAUUUGCAGCAGGAAGGAUUUGAGGUAACUUACUUGCCUGUGAAAAGCGACGGACUGAUCGAUUUAGAUAAGCUGAGGGAAGCUAUUAGACCUGAUACUGGGCUAGUUUCUAUUAUGGCUGUAAACAAUGAAAUCGGGGUGAUUCAACCGAUGGAGGAGAUAGGAAAGAUAUGUAAAGAACACAAUGUUCCGUUCCAUACGGAUGCUGCUCAGGCAAUAGGGAAGAUACCCGUUAAUGUCGAUAAAUGGAAUGUUAGUUUGAUGUCCUUGAGCGGGCACAAGAUCUAUGGACCAAAGGGGAUUGGUGCUUUGUAUAUGAGAAGGCGUCCAAGAAUCCGGGUUGAACCCCAGAUGAAUGGUGGAGGACAAGAGAGGGGAAUUCGUAGUGGGACAGUUCCUACACCUUUAGUCGUUGGAUUCGGGGCAGCAUGUGAAUUGGCAAUGAAAGAGAUGGAGUAUGAUGAC